AUGGAAAUCAAACCCGCCACGAUGCACGCGGCCAAUGCCUACGACUCCUUCGCUGACGACAAAAAAGAAGAGCUGCCUCCAGUGGAUAUCGAGCCAUUUGGAGAUGAGCAAGGCACAGAGGUCAAGUAUCGUGUCAUGAAGUGGUGGCAGUGUGGAAUGUUGAUGAUAGCAGACAAUAUCUCCCUGGGGAUUUUAUCCCUGCCAUCCGCCGUCGCGACCCUGGGCGUAGUCCCAGCUGUUCUUAUCCUCCUCGGCUUCUCUGUUAUUUCCUGGUAUACAGGGUUCAUCAUUGGCCAAUUCAAGCUGCGCUACCCCCAAACACAUAGCAUGGGUGAUGCCGGGGCGAUCAUCAUGGGUCGAUUUGGCAGGGAACUGCUAGGUCUUGGCCAACUAUUAUCUUGUGUCUUCUCUAUGGCCAGUCAUCUUCUGACGUUUUCGUUAUUGAUGAAUGAGUUGACCGACCAUGCUAUCUGCACGAUUGCAUUCACUGUGGUAGGGCUUGUUCUGAGCUUUCUUGGGGCUCUGCCGCGCACUAUGGACAAGGUGUUUUGGAUCUCACUCACAUCCUUUGCUAGCAUUUUCAUCGCUACUCUGGUGACGAUGAUCGCAACUGGUGUCCAACGCCCUGCACGGGCUCACAUCGAGAUUAUAACCGAUACCACGUUCGACAAAGCAUUUCUUGCAGUUACCGAUAUUAUCAUCGCUUAUGUUGCACAUGCGACCUUUUUUGGUUUCAUAUCCGAGAUGGAAAAUCCCCGGGACUUUCCAAAAUCAUUGGUUAUGCUACAGGUAGUCGAUACCUCUAUGUACGUGGUCAGCGCGGUGGUGAUUUACUGCUCUGUUGGACCCGGGGUCUCAUCCCCGGCUCUGAGCUCUGCAGGGCCUGUGAUGAAAAAGGUCGCGUAUGGCCUUGCCAUCCCAACAGUUGUCUUUGCUGGAGUAAUCGUCGGACAUGUCGCAUGCAAGUACAUCUACGUUCGUCUAUUCCGGGGCUCACCACAUAUGCAUAACAACGGCCUUCUCUCCGUCGGGGCAUGGGUGGGAAUUGCGCUGGGGCUAUGGACAAUUGCAUGGAUCAUUGCUGAGUCUAUCCCGGUUUUCAACGACAUACUGGGCUUUAUGAGUGCUCUCUUCGGAAGUUCUUUCAGUUAUGGCUUUCCUGCUAUAUUUUGGCUCUUUAUGAAUAAAGGCAACUUCUUUGGGUCUCCUAGGACUGCAGCCUUGACUAUAAUUAAUCUUGCUAUCCUAGCUAUGGCAUGUGCGAUUUGUGGGCUUGGGCUUUAUGUGUCGGGAAAGUCGAUCCAUAAGAAUUCCAAGACAUCCAGCUGGACAUGUGCGAAUAAUGCUGCAUAA